GCGGUGAGAUCACGGGCCACGCAGCGCGUAAGACGGCAGCCGGGGCGGGAGCGGGAGCGCCGGGCAGGAGUCCGGGGACAGUCCGAGGCUGCGGAGCGGGCCCGGCCCAGGCCGAGGCUAUAGGAGUGUAGCGGGCCCGGCCCGGGACGCCGGCAGCAGUCGUCAUGCUGCGCUGCAUCCCUCUCUGGCGCUGCAACCGGCACAUCGAGGCGGUGGACCGGCGCCACUGCUCCCUCAGCGGCGUCCCCGAGGAGAUCUACCGCUACAGCCGCAGCCUGGAGGAGCUGCUGCUCGAUUCCAACCAACUGCGGGAGCUGCCCAAGCCCUUCUUCCGGCUGCUGAACCUGCGGAAACUGGGCCUGAGUGACAACGAGAUUCAACGGCUGCCGCCAGAAGUGGCCAAUUUCAUGCAGCUUGUGGAGCUUGACAUCUCUCGAAAUGAUAUCCCAGAAAUUCCGGAGAGUAUUAAAUUCUGCAAAUCUCUGGAAAUUGCUGAUUUUAGUGGGAACCCUCUUUCCAGGCUUCCUGACGGAUUCACACAGUUACGGAUCCUUGCACAUCUCUCCCUCAAUGACGUAUCUCUGCAGUUCCUGCCAAGCGACAUCGGCAACUUAUCGAACCUGGUUACACUGGAACUCCGGGAGAACCUUCUAAAGACACUGCCAACAUCUCUGUCUUUCCUGGUGAAGCUAGAAGAGUUGGACCUGGGCAGCAAUGAACUUGAAGUGCUGCCGGAUACUUUGGGAGCUCUGCCAAACCUUCGGGAACUGUGGCUGGACAGGAAUCAGCUUACUGCACUGCCUCCGGAAUUGGGAAAUCUCAAACGCCUGGUCUGCCUUGAUGUUUCGGAAAACAAGCUGGAGAAGCUACCUGAUGAGAUCAGUGGGCUGGUGGCCCUGACAGACUUGCUCCUCUCUCAGAACCCCCUGGAGUUGGUACCAGAUGGCAUUGGUCAGCUGAAGCAGUUAUCUAUUCUGAAGGUGGAUCAGAAUCGGCUAACCCAUCUGACAGAAGCUGUGGGCGACUGCACACACCUGACAGAGCUGAUUCUCACCGAAAACCUGCUCACUACACUUCCCAAGUCGCUUGGAAAGCUGAAGUUGUUGACAAAUCUGAACGUGGAUCGGAACAGACUGGUGGAUCUUCCGGCUGAGCUGGGAGGCUGUGCAAGUUUAAAUGUACUGAGUCUCCGAGACAACAGACUAACACAUCUCCCACCUGAACUGGCCAAGGCGUCUGAGAUCCAUGUUCUGGAUGUGGCUGGGAACAGGUUGGUGAAUCUCCCGUUUGCUCUGACGAACCUGAAUCUGAAGGCACUGUGGCUCGCAGAGAACCAGUCUCAGCCAAUGCUCAAAUUCCAGACGGAGGACGAUGAGAAGACAGGUGACAAGGUACUCACCUGUUACCUGCUACCUCAGCAACCCUCCCCAAGCCUGGAGAACCUUUUGAGUGACAGCCUGGAUGAGACGUGGCUGGAGCCGAACUUGAACCGUGUCAGUGUGAUCCAGUUCCAGGAAGAGCCUGCGCACGGCGAGGAGAAUGAUGAAGAAGCAGAGAGAUGUGGUGGCUUACACCGCAGGGCGACCCCACAUCCCAGUGAGCUGAAGGUGAUGAAACAGGCAAUAGAAGAACGCAGAGGAGAGGCACUCACCAUAAAAGCACAGGAGCCCCCUGAGUUUCCAGAAUCUCCAGAGCCCCCAGUACCGGGGUCUGAGGGAGAGCGGCUGAAUGCAGAGUCAGAUCAGAGCCCGGACUGCCGUCUGUCAAAUGGUGAGCUGUGCCCCAUCGCAGAUGAUCCAGAACUGGCCGUCACUUCUCUGCCAACAGGGCAGGCUUUAGAGGAGCAGACUAGUGACUCCGAGGACCACAAUGAGGAGAAAGGGGAGGAAGAUGAUGAAGACGGAUACUUUGAGCCCACAGUGCGAUUCACAGAUGACACAGUGAUGAGAGGUGAAGGAGAAGAAGGAGUGGGCGAGGGCGAUUCCUUCGUUGCCGAGAAGCAGCGGCUGAUUCGUAAGGACACACCGCACUACAAGAAGCAGUUCAAGAUCAACAAGCUGCCGAGGCCCGAGGCAGUGAUGGCCAUGCUGCAAGCUAUACCCAGCACCGAGGUGCCAGAGCAGGGAGGUCAGGAGCCCGAGUGCAGCCUGCCAGAGGUCAGAGCCGAAAGGAUCUCUCAGCCCCCUGUGAAGGGGGUCUCCUUUGAUCAAGUCAAUAACCUGCUGAUCGAGCCUGCUCGAAUUGAGGAGGAAGAGCUGACCCUGACCAUUCACCGGCUCACUGGAGGACUGGGUAUCAGCAUCGCUGGUGGCAAGGGGUCAACACCCUACAAGGGCGAGGAUGAGGGAAUCUUUAUUUCCCGAGUGUCAGAGGAGGGUCCGGCAGCUCAGGCUGGGGUCCGAGUUGGAGAUAAGCUGCUGGAGGUGAACGGCGUACGGCUGCAGGACGCGGAGCACCACCAGGCCGUGGAGGCGCUGCGGAGCGCGGGGGGCCUGGUGACCAUGGCGGUCUUGCGCGAGAGGAUGGUGGAGCCAGAGAAUGCUAUCACUGUCACGCCGCUGCGGCCCGAGGAUGACUACGCUCCCCGGGAGCGGCGGGGUGCACGCAGGUGGGCAGAGGAGAUGGCCGGGGGCCUCUGUGAGCGGUUCUCCACGUGCCUGGUCCGUGAUGAGCGUGGCCUGGGUUUCAGCAUUGCCGGUGGCAAGGGCUCCACUCCCUACAAAGCAGGAGACACGGCGAUCUUUAUCUCACGAUUGGCAGAAGGGGGCUGUGCUCACAGAGACGGGAUCCUGCGCGUUGGUGACCGGGUGAUCUCGAUCAAUGGGGUAGAGAUGGCAGAAGCCAGGCAUGACCACGCGGUAGCUCUCCUUACUGGCUUGGCACCCACCAUCAGCCUGGUUGUUGAGCGCGAGGUGACGGGGAGCGGGCAACCUGCCAACGGCUCCCCCAGCCCACAGAUCGCCCGACCUCAGUCACCCCCACCUGCGGAUACCUACACCUCGGGUGACAGCCCCCCACACAGCCACCGCAGUACUGAGGACCUCUACCCUGUGCAGGAGGUCACGCUGCUGAAGACAGGGGGCCCCCUGGGCCUCAGUAUCGUCGGGGGAAGUGACCAUGCCAGUCAUCCCUUUGGCAUCCAGGAACCCGGUGUCUUCAUCUCCAAGGUAGUCCCGGAUGGACUGGCUGCCCAGGUUGGGCUGCAAGUUGGAGACCGGAUCCUGGAGGUGAACGGUAUCGACCUGCGUCAUGCUACACACCAGGAGGCAGUGAUGGCCCUUCUCUCCCACCAGCAACAGAUCCGGCUCCUCGUUCGUAGGGACCCCCCGCCCCCGGGGAUGCAGGAGAUCCGGAUUGAGAAACUCCCAGGGGAGAAGCUGGGAAUCAGUGUGCGAGGGGGAGCAAAAGGACACCCUGGCAAUCCGUUCGAUCCCACUGAUGAGGGCAUCUUCAUUUCCAAGGUGAGCAUGAGUGGAGCAGCAGGCCGUGACGGGAGACUGCGGCCAGGGCUGCGCAUUCUGGAAGUGAACAACCAGAGCCUCCUGGGCACCACCCACAGCGAGGCCGUCCGCAUCCUAAGGGGCGUAGGCGACACCCUCACUGUCCUCGUGUGUGACGGCUUCGACCCCAGCACGGCCCCCACUCUCACUGAGUCAUCCCCUGGCGUCAUUGUGAACCCCUUUGCCUCUGGGAUGGGUCGAAAGAACAGUAUGGAGAGCAUCUCAUCCAUCGAUCGGGAUAUGAGCCCUGAAGAAGUGGAUAUUCUGCAGAAGGAGAUUGAAAUGGUUCGGGAGUCAUCACUCUGGGAACAAGAGGAGCUGGAGAAAGUGGAGAGAAUGCGGAGGGAACAAGAGGAGGCAACACGGAAGUUGGAGGAGGAAGAGACUCAAUGCACUGAACCAAUGAAAUUGGAUUAUAGGACCCUGGCGGCUUUACCCAACAGUGGCAUCCACCGGGUGCCUCGAACUAGCUCCAGCAGCAACUCAGUGUCUAGUAGCAGUGUCCCACCAGAGUUUGGCAGCUCACCCUCUGUCCCACCGCCGACAAAGCCAGGAGUCAUUCAUCCAGUGUCCCGGGUCAGAUCUGUCCUUGGUCCAGUUGAUGGGAGGAACAGUCCAAACCCAUUUCAGACCAUGGAGGAGCAGGCAGCACCAUGGGAUGCAGAGCAUGGUGUACACAGAAACUUCAGAGCCAAGCCCAGCCCUGAGGAGGGUGAGGACGGCGUGUUCACCGUGGCAGUGCACGGGGUGGAGGAGGGACAUUCGCCAAGGAGCUACCCAACACCCACCGGCAAUGCCUGGGCCCCGGGCAGCAUGAGGAGGCUGGAAACAGAGGUGCCAUCUCUGGUGGCAUUGAACAGCCCCGAACAGCAGUCAUUCCGGGAACGGCAGAAGUACUUUGAGAUGGAGGUGAGGCAGCCGUCUGCUGAGCGACCCAAACGUGUCUCGCUGGUGGCCGAAGAUGAUUUACGCAAGAUGAAGGAGGAGGAAGAGCGGAAGAUGAGGCAGAAAGGCGAUUGUGAGCGCAUGGCACUACCGGAGGAGGAUGAGGAGGAGGACGAUGAAGAGAAGAUGUCUGACCUGAGCGGUCAGGGAACGGUGGUGAUCGAGGGGGUGGAGUACAAGAUAGAGCGUCUUGAUGGGCGGUCCUGGCACUCCCCACCCUCUGGGGGCUCGCAUCCCAGUGGGGUAGGAGGGGACAGAGCUGUGUCCGCAGACAGCCCCAGCAGCGGAGACCAGCAGUCCAACUCAGUGAUGGGAUUGUCAUCGCAAUAUGCCGAACCCCACGCUCCGAUCCGGACGGCGAAGGCAGAGCGGCGCUACCAGGAAAGACUAAGGAUGCAGAGCCCAGACCUCCCAGUGGGACGGGACAAGGAGCUGUCUCCGGCAGAGAAACGGGCACUGGAGGCAGAGAAACGGGCCAUGUGGAGAGCAGCGAGGAUGAAGUCUCUGGAACAGGACGCCCUGAAAGCUCAGAUGGUCAUCGCUAAGUCAAAAGAGACUCGGAAACGCAGCCCCCUCGACCAUCUCUCCGAGUCACCCUCUCCAGUGGCAACACCCUCGCCUACUCCUCUGGAUGAUCACAGUCCUCGCAGUGUGACUUCUCCUGGGAGACUGUCUUGGUCAGACAAGAAGUUUGAUUACCGGCAGUUUGCAGCUAUCCCAUCCUCCAAACCGGUUUACGAAAUCCAGUCACCGGACCUCCUGGAUGAAGUGACUCCCAUCACUGACGCCGGAUCCUCAGGUGAUGGGAGGGUUCUGUGGGGAGGGCAGGGGCUCAGGUACACCAUUCGCACAGGGACCAUGGCAACAGGUACCUGCCUUGUUGAAGAUGGAGAGGACAGAGGAGAUCAGCCUGCUGCACCAAACCUGCUGGCGCUGGGCUCUGUCAACACAUACAGCCCGAGACGGUCGACAGCACCCCAUCCACUGACGGCGGAGACCACUGCCCCCACGUGAGCUGCAGCCCCAUGCCAGCUGUGGUCGUGGGGGGAUGGGGGGUCACCUCCCUCACUCCACGCCUUAGAGACUCUUCUUUCCUCUCUUAGCUGAAUCGGAUAUUAAUUUCUGGCAGAGACUAAUCCCGUAGGAUUUUUGUACGGUUUUUAAUGAGGGGUGGGUGGGCUGGGAGGGUAUUUAGAGGCCCAGAGGUUGCCUGGUAGUUUGGUCCCUCGGACCAUCCGGGGUCCCGGUCCCGGGACCCUGCAAGUGCUGGCACGUCCUGUGUCUGGGCAGUAGUGAGGGAGGAGAAAGCACAGAGGGUCCCAGCUCCUGUCUUGUGUUUUUGGGAAGGGGAGGGGGCAGGCCUGACCACACUUUCCCAAUGAGGUCACUGGUCAGUGGCCAGGCCCAUCUGGGAGUAACUGGCUGGACUCAGACUCCACCUCCAGUCCUGAAGGGGUCAUCUUCAACGCAGGUUGAUGGCUGCUGGCGUUCACAGACGUCCCAAGGGAUCACCGGAUUGAUUCAAGCCACCCCACCCAUUCAUGGUCAGGGAAUCCGGAUCAGAGGAUCAAAGGAACCAUUGUACCUGCCGACACGCUGUGUGAUGGGAACCCUGGUUAAUAGCCCCUUACCUGAGGGGCAGUUAGAGCCUGCCUCACCCCAAGGGAAGGGAAUCUAACUGUUCUAUGCCAGCCCCUCACUGGUUACCCUUUCCCUCAGCACUGGCAGGGUGCACAGGGACAAGUGGCUUAGUGCUGAUGCUUUAUGUAGAGAGCCAGACCCAGACUGGUGUAGGGUAGGUUUGUUUGCGCUGCUAACCGGGUGAUUUGUUAGAAGUUACCUGUGAAGGAGUUUUGCUCCCCUCAGCCACCAGCAUUCAAGGCUGUCUCAGAAUGCCCGAGUGCCAGCUGUUUUUCGAUUGCGACGAGGAGUUCUGGUGGAAUUUGUGAUCCCUGGGGCAGAAGGUAGUCCCAGUCACUACACUACAGGCAGCACCAUGCUGCUACUAAUGGAGGCUGCCAGCUCAUCUCAUACUGGGAUUAACAACUUUGUACAACCAAAGAACCAUGUUUUGUCCUCCAGGGUUCAUUAAAGGUUUCUUUCAUUUUACAAAUGG